AUGAUGAGCUCCAGCCUGCUGGAAAAUCCGGUGCAGGCGAUUCUGUACCUGCGGGAGCUCACCACCAUCGUCCAGAACCAGCAGAGUCUCAUACAGACCCAGCGCUCCCGGAUAGAGGAGCUGGACCGACGGGUGGACGAGCUCAUCGGCGAGAACAGGCACUUGCAGGACGUCAGGGUACAACAGCAGCAUCCUUACCAUCACCACUAUCACCAUCACCCCGACCCCAGCUGCUUUCAUCAACACCACCACCCUCACGACCCUCAGCUAAAGACGAGUGUGGGCUCUCUGCCAGACCAGGCAGCGGCACCAGCAGAAGUCGAGGAGACUCCGGGGGACCAGCCGUUGCCUCCCCAACCUAUGAACCCGGGGGACAUGCAGCUGGUCCCGGCCGACCUGUCCACGGUUUCCCCAGUUGACAGUGACCCGGAAAACGGCGGAAGUUGCCAAAGCUGCCGCUCUGUGGUUCCGAUGACCCCCACAACCCUUUGUCAAUCCCUGGCCUUGGCAAGGAAAUCAGACGAGAACGUGCUGCAUCAGUUUUGCUGCCCCGCCCCUGAACAUCCAGAGGCUGACACCACAGGCUCAUCCAGUGGACAGAUGCUGAGCCUCGAGGAUGGAACAUCCUCUGGUGGUGGACAGGAAGUGGAGGGGACCAAGAGAGAGGGACCCAGCGAGUACGAGAUCAGCCUUGAGAAUAAGAACAAACAGAUAGAUGAGUUGGAGCAGAAAUAUGGAGGUCAUCUCAUAGCGAGGCGAGCAGCCCGUCGCAUCCAGACGGCCUUCCGUCAGUACCAGCUCAGCAAAAACUUCCAGAAGAUCCGUAACUCUCUGUCGGAGAGCAAGUUGCCCCGCCGGAUCUCCUUGCGCCAUCCAAGUCCUUCAGGCCGAAACAGGAACGCAGCCCAGAGACACAGUUACAGUCUGCAUCCUGGAGGAGGACAGAUUCCCUUGCGCUCUAAAACUCCUCCUCCUCCCCCAUGUCGCUCCACCUCUCUGCCCCCUUCUCCUGCGUCUGCCCCAGCAGCUGGUCCCCCUCCUAGCCCAGCCCCACCUCAAACCCCUGGACAAACACUCACACAGCUGGAGGACUGCUUCUCUGACCAGCUUCAUUCCUUGGCCCAGUCAAUUGAUGACGCCCUUCGUGGUUGGAGCUUGUCGGAAGGUGGAGACGGGAAGGGGCUAUUGAUGGAUCCUGGGGCCCUUCGUGCAGCUGCUGAGAGUUCUUGUCUGCCUCGCAGUGCCAGCUCGCUGCUCAUGGCCUUCAGGGAUGUCACUGUUCAUAUCGACAGCAAUAACUCCUACACCAUCUCCACCGCCACCACCACAACCACCACCUCUUUGGGCAAUGCAGGCGGGGGAGAGUCGGGCAGUAGGAAGAGUUCUGUGAGCAGGAUGGCUGGAGGCGGAGAUGGCCAGUUUGCAGAGGACCCAGAGUUUCCUGCACCUCCACCCAGUGAGGAGCUUGAAAUGGCUGAUCUAGGAUCCAGGAGGGGCUCAGCAGUGACAGCUCUAGGAGGAGGAGGAAUGGAGGGGGAGAGUGGCUCAGACAGACUGGGGUCCACAUCCACUUCUACCUCCACCUCUAUUUCCACCUCAGCCCAGUCUAACCAGCAACCUGCUCAGAUUUACACCCAGUACCAGCAGUACCACUACACUCAUCCUCAGCAGAUCCCUGGGGGGCCGAGCCCAGAGGCCCUGCAGGCCCUGGUCGUCUCUCUGCCCAGAGACCGCUGCCAGGAUCCAGCCACCUGCCGCUCGCCAACGCUAUCCACAGACACACACCGCAAACGCCUCUACCGUAUAGGACUCAACCUCUUCAAUGUGAACCCGGAGAGAGGCAUCCACUUCCUAAUCACGCGUGGUUUCGUCCCGGACACAGCCAUUGGAGUGGCUCACUUCCUGCUCCAGAGGAAGGGCCUGAGCAGACAGAUGAUUGGAGAGUUCUUGGGGAACAGCAAACUGCAAUUCAACAGAGAUGUCCUCGAUUGUGUUGUGGAUGAGAUGGAUUUCUCAGGCAUGGAGCUCGACGAAGCCCUCAGAAAGUUCCAGGCUCACGUUCGUGUUCAGGGAGAAGCACAGAAAGUGGAGAGACUCAUCGAGGCCUUUAGCCAGAGGUACUGUAUGUGUAAUCCUGAUGUGGUGCAGCAGUUUCACAACCCAGACACCAUCUUCAUCCUGGCCUUUGCUGUGGUCCUCCUCAAUACUGACAUGUACUCACCUAACAUCAAACCCCAGCGCAAAAUGGGCCUCGAUGACUUCAUACGCAACCUAAGAGGUGUGGAUGAUGGAGCUGACAUCCCCAGAGAGAUGGUCGGAGGCAUUUAUGAGAGGAUCCAACAACGAGAGCUCCGCUCCAACGAAGACCACGUCACCUAUGUGAGCCGCGUGGAGCAGUCCAUCCUGGGUCUCAAAACUAUCCUCGCUGUGCCCCACAGACGUCUGGUGUGCUGCUGUCGUCUGUUUGAGGUACCUGACGCCAACAAGCCUCAUAAACAGAAACUGUCCCAGCUCCAGAGAGAGGUCUUCCUCUUCAAUGACCUGCUGCUGAUUCUGAAAAUGUGUCCCAAGAAGAAAAGCUCGGCCUCAUACACCUUCUGUAAAGCUAUGGGUCUUCUGGGAAUGCAGUUUCACCUCUUCAGCAAUGAAUACUACGCCCAUGGCAUCACCAUGCUGAGCCCAUUUACUUCAGAGAAGAAGCAGCUGGUGAGUUUCUGCUCCCCGAGUGGAGAAGAACUCAGGAAGUUUGCAGAGGAGCUCCGAGAGGCUAUAACAGAAGUCAACGAGAUGGAGCAGAUACACAUACAGUGGGAAUUGGAGAGGCAACAAGGCAUCCAGCCAAGCAGCAUACACACCAAUGGCGGGCAAGUGGACACACACACAGGACACGGCUCUCCCUCAGGCCAACAGGAUGCGUAUGAUAAAACCGGAAACAACAACACAGUCGAGGUGUCAAUUCACAACAGGCUGCAGACCUAUCAACUGAGCCAACCCAGCAUUGAGUCGAUGCCUCUGGCCCUGGCUGCGCCACCCGCCCUGCUCAGCUCCAUCCAGCCUGGAGAGCUUCGCCCAGAAACACUAAUCCAAUGUCAGCAGAUCGUCAAGGUGAUUGUUGUGGACCAGAGUGGGCGAGGGCGGAUGGAGGCCUUCCUCAGCCAAGGCCCGGCUACCCAUCAGCUCAUCCAGUCGGCCAUGUCCACACCUGUGCACGUCAGAGAGGGGGAUGGCCCUCAGCCUCCUCUGCCGCCUCCACCUCCACCUUACAACCACCCCCACCAGUUCUGUCCCCCUGACUCACCCAUGCCCUUCCACCACACCCUGCCUCUCACCCGUAGGCGCAACUCCAGCGGUUCCCGCAGCAUCGUCUGA